AUGCAUCGACCUGAUGACGAUUCCAGUGUGGACUUCAAGAAGAUAAAACCGAUCAUUGAAUCGUUGAAAGACUCGGAAGUCCUAAAGGCACUGAAUGAGGAGAUGUUGAGGGUACAGGAGGAGAAGAAGAAGGAAGAGCAGAAGAAGUGGACGACAUUCCUGCAGAAGCCGCAGAGGCCAGUGCCGCGGGCGAAGUUCGGGUACUACGGAUACGUAGAGCCAGAGCAAAAGAUUGAGGAACCUUAUAAAGUUAAAAUAGUGAAACAGCCGAAACCAAAGGAUUUCGAAACUGGUCCUCUUCCUUGGGAAGAAAGGGCUUUGAAGGAGCCUCCUCCACCUCCCGUGGACCCUGAGGACCCUAUUCUGGUGCCUGAAGAGGUGCCAGAGUUUCUGGAAGCUGUAGACCCACUCCCUGAGAGUGAAGUACCAGACUUGGAAGAAACAGGCAUCCCUCUACCUCCACCGAAGCUAGAGGAAGAAGAAGCCUCAGCACCGACUCCUGAAGUAGAAAAUCCAGAAGAAGAAGAAACUGAAGAUCAACCGGAGACAUUAGACAUCGAAGCAGUUGUAGAAGAAACCGAGAGGAUCGUAGAAGAAAUGGAGCAGAAUAGACUAGCUGAGCAGUUGUUGUCCGGAGUACAGAAUAUGGUUGACCCUAACGCCAGCGUAGAACAGCAGUUGCUGCAGAUGCGAGCGCAACUGGCAGCACUGGCCCAACUGCCUGUCGUCAUACAGAACACGCUGGAGCUCGUCACACGCCAGCUGACAAACCUUACGCAUCAGGAAUCUCAAAUAAAUGUUACCGAAAGGCAAUCACAGAUGGAGACCACUGUACAAUCUCAGGAACGUCUCGAAGAAUCUGAAAUACAAACCAAUGGGAUCGUUGAAGAGGUAGAAGAAUGUAAAGAAGAACAAGAGACUGUUGCCGCAGACAAUGCUCACAACGCACCCGUUAUCGUAGAAGAAGAAACUAAACCGAGCAUGACGGAAGAAGAGAGGGAGAAAUUGAAGAAGGAAGAGAAAGAGAUGUUGGAGGAGCAACAGAGAAUCGAAAAACAGAAAAAGGAACUAAUGGAGCAAAUGAGACUAGAACAAGAGUCCAGGCAGGUGAAGCAAAGGCCCACCCCACGCGUGGGCAAACCCAAGCCUGUAUUUGGGCCCCCAACACCCGUUGAGAGGCCACUAGUACUGCCAGGCGGAAGAAGAUGGCGCAAACCUCAAGACGCUUACAACGAACAGUUUAUAGCUGAAACUUUGACAGCUCAAGCUGAGAUCAUUCAGGGGAAAGCCAAAGGGUACAGUUUCAAUGUUGAUUUUAAAUGUUUAGUAUUUAGAUAAAUGUCUCAGUCUCAUUUUGUAGCUUUCGUAUUUUAUAUGUGUCGGAAAUUGUUAUUUGUUUUAUUAAUAAAUACCUUUACUACGCGUACGCUUCAAGUUGGCCGCUCUCACCCUCCCCGCCUCACCGCACUACGCUCCUAGACAGAC